UAAACUUAUCUUUUUUAUCGGUGCAAUAUUUCUUGAAAAUAUGUUUUCAACUUUUGACAAUUAGAUUAGGGUCUUUCCACUCGAAACACAGAGAAGGUUCAGAAAGUGAGGUGGCGGUGGGAGCAGCAGAGAGGAGCAUAGUGAGAGACUGAGAGCGAGAGCAGAGGGAGGUCGACGAGAUUUCAGAGACAAGGAGAGGAGAGAUAGCUUCGCGUUGAGAGUUCGAGAUUGAAGUGAGAAAGCUCUACGCCGUCCCCUUUGUUUCAUCUCUUUCUCGCUCGUCUUUGUUUAGGGAACUUAAAAUGUUGCCAAGAUGGAGCAGAGCUGUUACUCAGCUCUCAAGGCUGGGUUCACAGCAUAACUUGAAUCUCAGAAAUGAAUUUUAUGUUAUUUCUCGCCAAAGCUAUGGCAGGGCUGCUGCAGCUGUGGCUCCAGAUACAGCUAUUACUGUAGAAAAACCUCUCCCUAGUGAGCCAGUGGUAAAUCUGGACAAACUGUUUUGGUCUAAGCCAUGCUCAUUGGCUUUGGCCCCGGACUCCCCAUUAAGAAUUGAAGAGCCACAAUAUGCGGGAUUUAAACAUGCAAUCCUUAGGCUGAUGCUGUUUUAUAGCAAACAAAGCACGUCCAUUCGAGGGGCAAAUGUGGUAUAUAAGCGAAUCAUUUCACAAGUUGAUAAACCUGCCAUUUAUGAAGUAUUCAACUUGGAGAAAACCUUUAAGACAACAUUCUCUCUACUUGUACUUCAUAUGUGGCUUUGCUUACGCCGGUUGAAAGAAGACGGAAAGGAAGGGGUUGAAUUUGGGCAAUACAUAUAUGAGACUUACAAUCACGAUGUGGAACUUAGAGUAUCUAAGGCUGGGGUCAACUUAUUACUGACUAAAUGGAUGAAGGAUUUGGAGAAGAUAUUCUAUGGGAAUAUUGUUGCUUAUGAUGCUGCCGUGCUUCCGGAGGCUAGGCAGGAUGAGCUGCAAAAUGUGAUUUGGAGGAAUGUCUUUUCUGAUGAUGGUUCAUCACAACCGAAUGGUGAUGCAUCACGAGCAGUCCAGGCAAUGGCAAGAUAUAUUCGCCGGGAAGUUAGUUGCCUGUCCUUGACAGAUAAAGCAGCUAUGUUCUCUGGUAAUUUCAUGUUUACUUCAUUGAAGGGCGAGAAACCAAAAUCAGAGGCAUCCAUAUAAGAAUCCAUGUAGUCAUGUGCGAGUUUCCGUAGUUCGGAAGAAAAUUAGAAAAUUUUCAUUCAACAACAAAUCAUAAAGGCUUGUAAAACACGACCACAAAUAAAACUUUUGUAUAAUUAUCAAAAGCAAGUCCGUUAUUUUUUCAA